AUGUUUUUAUAAGCAUAAACAAUAAAAACAAUAGGAAAUAGAUUGGAAAUAAUAAAACAAUUAGGAGAAGGAAAUUUUGCUAAGGUUUAUCUUGCUAAAGAUAAGACGAAUGAUCGCUUAGUUGCAGUGAAAGAAAUUCAUUAGAAUAAUUAAGCUUUUUAAAUGAUUAGUAAUGAGAUAAACGCAUUAAAAGUCAUAAAAGAAGUAAUAGAAAAAAUAAAAUAAAAAAAACAUGGAGUUCUAAGUUCGGAUGAAUAAGAAAUUUUGUAAAAUUCAAAACACAUUUUAGAAAUAGAAGACCCUUAUAUUAUAAAUGAGAAUGAUUAUUCCUACAUUAUUAUGAAGUAUUAUGAUAAUUCUAUUGAUUUUAGCUAAUUUUUAAAGACAAACGAUGCCUUAAGCAAGAUCUCUGAAAGAGACAAGCUUAAAUACUUUUAUUAGCUCACAAGCGGUCUGUCGCUACUACACUAAUAAAAUAUUUGCCAUAGAGAUCUCAAGUUAGAAAAUAUUUUAAUAAGCUUAGAGCAAGACUAAUUAAUUAUUAUAGACUUUGGACACGCAUUGUUAAAAAAAUCUGACGAUGAUUAAAUGUGUGGCACUAAAUUGUUUAAUUCACCCUAGGUAGUACUUUACAUGAGUUACAAUCCAUAUAAGAAUGACGUUUGGUAAAUGGGUAUUAUUUUGUAUUACCUUCUUUACUAAAGGUUUCCUUUUUGCGAAAAAAACUCAGGUGAAGAAGAGUUAUAAAAAGCGAUGCAUGAUUUUAUGCAUAAAAAGAGAGAUCUGCCAACUAAAGAAAACACUUCUUAAUUCGUGAAGGAUCUUCUUUUAUCUAUGCUGCAAAGGUAUGAAGAUUGCCGACCCUCUAUGCCAGAUGUGAACAAAAAGCUUAAAGAAUAUCUUUUUAAAGAUAAACCUAUAUCAAAUUUCAAAGGCCCAGGUCAAAAUGAUUCAAGAGAAUUGAGAAAUGAAGCAAAAGAAUGCACAUAAAUUUUUGAUUUCGACUUUUAGAAUUUAAAUAAAAUAAAAAAAAUCCAAGUGAAGGCAUAAAAGCCAAAAUAGAUUUCAUAAUCAUAGAGCUAAUACACUAUCGUAGAUGAUAACACUAACUACAAUUAAGAAUAAAUCUAGCAAUAUGAUUAAUUUUAUAAAAAUUAAGAAGUUCAUUCUAUUGAUAAAUCUCAAAACUAAUUAUUAAAUGAAUCACAACUUAAUUAAUCACUUAGUAAAUUAAAUAUUAAUUAAUCAAAUUAAAGCAUUAAUAUUAGUCAAGCACAUGACUUUCAUUCAGAAGUAAAAAUUAAAAGAUCAAAAUAAUAAAUAUCAAAUACUGAAAAAUUGAGUGGAUUUCAGUAGGAUAGACAAAGUAUUGGCUAAUAAAAAUAGUUCCAUAGUUUAUUUAGACACUCUGAUCUUACUACAACUAUCUUAUCGUUGAGUACUGCUUUACCUAGCAUAAAUCAGGACAUAAAUUUAAAUUUAAUUGUAAAUUAGUUAAAUGAAAAUCUAAUUGAAAUUGAAUAAAUCAUAAAUUCCUCAUUAUAAAAUUAUUCAGAAACGAAAUAACUUAUGUAUAUUAUUAAAUUUUAUACAAGUAAAUUAGCUCACUUUCUCGCAUAAUCUUUAUUUGAAUAUGCCCAGUACAAUUAGAAUAAAGAAUGGCAGUGCCUUUACACCACUAACUUUUUAGUUUAGUGGAUGGUGAAAACAAAGCAAGAAGAACCCUUAAAAAAGAAAAUUUAAGAUUACAUAGAACUUAGUAUAAAAUUUAAAUAUAAUUUCUAACAAUCUGCGAAAUUUAUCUAGACAUCAAACUAAUCAGUAUCUGAAUAAUUUCAGAAUUAUAUUAAAAAUAUUUAAUUUGAUUAAUCUAACAAAAUAAAUAAUUUCUCAACCUACUCAAGAAAUCCUUUUGACGAUAAAUUUUAAAACCAUAACCAAGAUAAUUUUAAUAUGUCUAACGAAUAAAAUUACAUAGAUUACUACUAAUUAUUCAUUGGUAUCUUAGAAUACAUUUAAAAGUAGAUGGAUGAUAACAAUACAUAAUUUAUUUAAGAACAUUUGAGACAAUAAUUGUAAAAUAUAAUCUAAAAAGUUAAGGUUUAAAUAACGAAGAUCUCUAAAAUAGCUCACACUAAAAAUUUAAAUGAAAGUAUGAGCUUUCUUUCCUCUAUGAGAUCAUAAUGA